CGACAUGCCUGGUCGCCGUGUACCCCUCUUUCCGCCCAUGGUUUCUCCAGCUUUCUAUCAUCCCUCGCUCCAGCCUACUGUAGUGUAGUGUGACAGUCACAAGUCGAGUUGGUUGUGAACCAGUCAAGUCCACUGCCCUGUAUUUUUUUACACUUUGGGCAAGCGUAAUCCAUCAUCUGACGAACCCUGGGUACAUACAUAAGACCAGUCCACGUUUCCUUUCGACUUGACUUCUGCUUUUGGCUCUACUUAGAAUCUCUCUCCCAUUGCCAAGCAAACGAACAACAGCAAACAUUUCGGUUCGACCAGUCCUCGACAUCUAUCACCAAACCGCACACAGAUACCAUCUCAACCACAGCAAUCAUGUCUACAGUCUACGUCAAGAACAUCGGCGCCAACACUGAGGAGAAGGACAUUCGUGCCUUCUUCAGCUUCUGCGGCAAGAUCAGCUCCCUCGAUGUCACCACCGAAGGCGAGACCAAGUCCGCCACGGUGACCUUUGAAAAGGAGAGCGCCGCUCGCACUGCUCUUCUCCUCGAUCACACCAAGCUUGGCGAGCACGAGCUCUCUGUCACCUCUGCUUCGGGAGAGCACGCCGAUUCCGGCGACAAUGUCCACCCCAAGUCCGACGCCGACCGCGACACAGAUGAGAUCACACAGGAGGAGAAGCCCCGCGCGCGCGUCCUUGCCGAGUACUUGGCCAGCGGCUACCUCGUUGCCGACAGCGGCCUGAAGACGGCCAUUGCUCUCGACGAGAAGCACGGCGUCUCUCAGCGCUUCCUGUCGACAAUCCAGAACCUCGACCAAAAGUACCACGCAACCGACCGCGCCAAGACGGCCGACCAGAGCUACGGCAUCACUGCGCGGGCUAACUCCCUGUUCAGCGGCCUCUCCUCGUACUUUGAGAAGGCCUUGGAGGCGCCUGGCGCCAAGAAGAUUGUCGACUUCUACACCACCGGCUCCAAGCAGGUGCAGGACAUCCACAACGAGGCCAAGCGCCUGGCUGAGCUGAAGAAGCAGGAGGCCGGCGGCAGCUCGUACAAGGCUGCUGGUCUGGACAAGAUCUUCGGCGCCGAGAAGGCGCCCGGCCAGGAGAGCAAGCCCAAUGACCAGGUGCCCGGCGCUGCCCCUUCGGAUGCUGCCGCCACCGAGUCUAACCAGCAACCGAUUUCCGAGGGAGCGUACCCUGGAACUGCCGAGAAGAUUCCCCAGUAAAGAAAUGGUAGCGAGGCAGAAUGGAGGUGGAUCACUGGUUGACGACACGCGCUUCGCAUGGUUAGCUGAGCCAGCAAGGUGUUUGGCUUUUCGUCUGGCUGAUUUCAUGAUACUUUUAUGACUGUUAUGGGACUGGGAUUUCAUUGUUGGCGUUGCUCUAAUCUUUAAGUAAUGAACAAAAUUCUCAUCAUUUGAAGCUUAUCACGGCGGUAGUACCUUGCAGUAGCAUAAUGACGGUACAUGCAAUGUUCGAUCAAGAAGCAUGAUCAAGUACAACAUAUGCACGUGCUUGGUACAUGAUGCUUGCCGAUGCCAUCUUGAUUUUUGUUUUGCCGUUCGGUAAACAGCUAUCAGACAUCAUAUGUGACCAACAGUGAGCCUGGACUUUGCUCCCGAAUAGUCCGUCAGCCUAGGCUAGCUUAGCAGCGCUACGAUCCCUGAGUGAGGGGUUGCAUAAAGUCAACUCGACUAUAUUGUUGUCUAACUCAUCCUUGUUUCGCGGAGCAAGUGCUUGUAACUGAACUAUGGCACUGUACGCGUUUGACCUAGGUGCCUUCUGAAACUUUUUAAUCGACCUUUCCGUCCUGUUUUCCGGAGUGUACUGUGGUCCAUCGAUAAGGUAGCUCCUGUGCGCCAUGUGAUCGGUCGGGAGGAGAGAUGCCCUGCGCUCUCCGUGAUCGCUUCGAGAACCCGUCUCCUUCAUCCUUUUAUCUAAUAUGAGGAUGAGUGUCCCGGUCUCUUGUCCGACCACAACCUUCAUCUCCAUCCGGCUGCCAACCUCCAUUUACCGAAACCACCAAUUCACACUCCCAUUAAUGCCCCCCUCCUCGCCCACGCUCUUCACACUAUGCCACCACCCCAGCGGCAUAAACAACAUAUCCCCCGCCUGCACCGUCACCUCGUACAUCAUGUCAUCCGUCCCUUCGCCGUCACCAGCCCAAACAGCCCCCUCCAAAGCCCUCCUCUGUUCCCCCUUCAUCAUCUCCUCCCCCCUUAUUUUCCCAGACCCCGCCGCCACGGCCAAGGAAGCCAUCACCCCCCGAAACAGCGCCUCCCCCCUCUUGGGCGCCAUCAGCCGCAGGACUUUUGUCCCACACAACUGGCAAAACAAGUUGGGGUUCGGGUCUCUAUGCCAGGGUGUAUAUGUCGGUUGUAAGCCGAGCCAGAUGCUGGAGGAGUAGAUGUCUCCGCGGCCGGCAUGGGAAACCAAAAGAGGGGUAGGGAGGUCGGCUUGGAGGGGGGAGGGGAGGUGGGAGAGGGGCGCUUGGGCUAUGUAGAGGUUUGUGAGCGGGGGGUUGGGAGGGGUUUGGGAGGAGGAGGAAAGAGAGGUGUUGUAGUGGUGAGCGAGGAGGAGGAGGUGGAGGGGGAGGUCGAGGAUGAGGAACUCGGAAGAGGAGGAGGAGGAGGAGUGGUGAGUGAUAUAGUUUUCAAGGAGGUGGGCUAGGGCGAGACGGGAUUGUGAGUCUGAGUCGGAGUUGGAGUUGGAGUUCGGGUGUGAAUCGCUGGAUGCCGUUGGUGAGGAGGAGGAGGAGGACCGUUGUAGCCAAGACAUGAAACCUAAGACUUGGGCUGAGUUUGGGAAUGAGAGUUCGUAAGGGAGGAUGGUAGAUCGGAAGGUGUCCAGGUACGGAGUUAAUGAGGCCUUUCCGGAGCUCGGAGAAAUGUUGAACCAUUUGGUUAGGGCGGGUAGUAUAGUUGGUGAAGUCAAAGUGUUGGUUUGGGUAUUGGCAUCAUUUUGCUGGUUGGGGCAAGGGCUCAACGUAGAGGGUUUGGAGCUUGGUCGUAUGAGAAGAGGCCUUUGAGCUUGAAAUGCAUCUCUUCUGAAGUCCUCUAUGCUGAUCGGCGCAACCGCCUCUGCCACUGUUUUGAGACUCCUGGCAUGAUGGGUGAAAGUGAAGAGCGGUUGGCGGAGUUGCCUCGUCAAUGCAAGUAGCCGUGUUGGCCUGGAACUGGGAG